GGGGGAAGCUUGGUGAGCGGGCCAUGCAUAAUGCAUCAGGCCGGGCCUUAAAACCCGGCCCUGCUGCGGGCCACCCUGCACUCCCCGGCUCGGAGGUCCGGGCAGAUUCCACCUGUCCCUGGGAGACUUCUGUCCGCCUGCCCCAGCCCCGUCCCAGCCUCUGCCAAGCUUACCGUCGCCAUGUCUCGGCCCCUGUCGGACCAAGAGAAACGCAAGCAGAUCAGCGUGCGCGGCCUCGCUGGCGUGGAGAACGUGUCCGAGCUGAAGAAGAGCUUCAACCGGCACCUGCACUUCACCCUGGUCAAGGACCGCAACGUGGCCACGCCCCGAGACUACUACUUCGCCCUGGCGCACACUGUGCGGGACCACCUGGUGGGCCGCUGGAUUCGCACGCAGCAGCAUUACUAUGAGAAGGACCCCAAGCGCAUCUACUAUCUGUCCUUGGAGUUCUACAUGGGCCGGACCCUGCAGAACACGAUGGUGAACCUGGCCCUGGAGAAUGCCUGUGAUGAGGCCACAUACCAGCUGGGCUUGGACAUGGAAGAACUGGAGGAGAUAGAAGAAGACGCCGGCCUGGGUAACGGGGGCCUGGGACGCCUGGCUGCCUGCUUCCUGGACUCCAUGGCCACCCUGGGCCUGGCUGCCUAUGGCUACGGGAUUCGGUACGAGUUUGGGAUUUUCAAUCAGAAGAUCAACGGGGGCUGGCAGAUGGAGGAGGCAGACGACUGGCUUCGCUACGGCAAUCCUUGGGAGAAGGCCCGGCCCGAGUUCACACUGCCCGUCCAUUUCUACGGCCACGUGGAGCAUACCAACCAGGGGGCCAAGUGGGUGGACACCCAGGUGGUUCUGGCCAUGCCCUAUGACACCCCAGUGCCUGGCUAUCGUAACAACACCGUGAACACAAUGCGCUUGUGGUCGGCCAAGGCCCCCAAUGACUUCAACCUCAAAGACUUCAACGUCGGUGGAUACAUCCAGGCCGUGUUAGACAGGAAUUUGGCUGAGAACAUCUCCCGGGUCCUCUACCCCAAUGACAAUUUCUUUGAAGGGAAGGAGCUUCGGCUAAAGCAGGAAUACUUUGUGGUAGCGGCUACCCUUCAGGACAUCAUCCGCCGCUUCAAGUCCUCCAAGUUUGGCUCCCGGGACCCCGUGCGCACCAGCUUUGACGCAUUCCCAGACAAGGUGGCCAUCCAGCUGAACGACACCCACCCGUCCUUGGCCAUCCCCGAGCUGAUGCGGAUUCUGGUGGACCUGGAGAAACUGGACUGGGACAAGGCCUGGGACGUGACGGUGAGGACCUGCGCCUAUACCAACCACACUGUGCUGCCUGAGGCCCUGGAACGCUGGCCGGUCCAGCUGAUGGAGGCCCUGCUGCCUCGGCACCUGCAGAUUAUCUAUGAAAUCAACCAGAGGUUUCUCAAUCGGGUGGCGGCAGCUUACCCAGGGGACAUGGACCGGCUGCGGCGCAUGUCACUGGUGGAGGAAGGUGUCGUGAAGAGGAUCAACAUGGCCCAUCUGUGCAUCGCCGGCUCCCACGCGGUCAACGGGGUAGCCCGCAUCCACUCUGAGAUCCUCAAGAAAACCAUCUUUAAGGAUUUCUAUGAAUUGGAACCCCACAAGUUCCAGAACAAAACCAAUGGGAUCACACCGAGGCGUUGGCUGGUGCUAUGUAACCCGGGUCUGGCGGAGGUCAUUGCAGAGAGGAUUGGGGAGGACUACAUCUCUGACCUGGACCAGCUUCGAAAGCUGCUGUCCUAUGUGGACGACGAGGCCUUCAUCCGAGAUGUGGCCAAGGUCAAGCAGGAAAAUAAGCUGAAGUUUGCCGCGUAUCUGGAGCGAGAGUACCACGUGCACAUCAACCCCAACUCGCUGUUUGACGUCCAGGUGAAACGGAUCCACGAGUACAAGAGGCAGCUGCUCAAUUGCCUUCAUGUCAUCACCUUGUACAACCGUAUCAAGAAGGAGCCCAACAAGUUCUUCAUCCCCCGGACGGUGAUGAUUGGGGGGAAGGCAGCCCCUGGUUAUCACAUGGCUAAAAUGAUCAUCAAACUCAUCACGUCCAUCGGUGACGUGGUCAACAACGACCCUGUGGUUGGGGACCGGCUCAAGGUUAUCUUCCUGGAGAAUUACCGAGUUUCACUGGCCGAGAAAGUGAUCCCGGCGUCAGACCUCUCGGAGCAGAUCUCUACGGCAGGCACCGAGGCAUCGGGUACUGGCAACAUGAAGUUCAUGCUUAAUGGGGCGCUGACCAUCGGCACCAUGGACGGGGCUAAUGUGGAGAUGGCUGAGGAGGCUGGCGAGGAGAAUUUCUUCAUUUUUGGAAUGCGGGUGGAGGACGUGGAUCGGCUCGACCAGAGGGGGUACAAUGCCCAGGAAUACUACGACCGCAUCCCUGAGCUCCGGCAGGUCAUCGAACAGCUUAGCAGUGGCUUCUUCUCUCCCAAGCAGCCCGACCUGUUCAAGGACAUCGUCAACAUGCUCAUGCACCACGACCGUUUCAAGGUCUUUGCUGACUAUGAAGCUUAUAUCCAGUGCCAAGAGAAAGUCAGCAACUUGUACAAGAACCCUCGGGAAUGGACACGGAUGGUGAUCAAGAAUAUCGCCACAUCGGGGAAGUUCUCCAGUGACCGAACAAUUACACAGUAUGCCCGGGAAAUCUGGGGCGUGGAGCCCUCCCGCCAGCGCCUGGCGGCCCCCGAUGAAGCGGUCUGAGCCGGGGCCUCCAGACACGGGCUCACGCAGUGCCUGGAACCUCUGCCUCCCCAGUCCCGGGACUCUGAUGAUUCGAUCUGGUGGCAUCAUUCAGGGUCACCGACACUCCCCACCCAUGUCCCCACUCCACUUGGUUGCUCCCCAAGGUUCUCCUCCCUAGCGGCCUCCCCGCUGUCACUUACGUUGGGGGAGGCCCUCCAGCCCUAGGGAGGGGCUCAGCCCAGAGCUCUUCCCCACCUUCUUGGGCAAAAACUUCACCAAUUAAAAGUGUCACCGAAG